UCUGAAACAUCAGUACGGAGAGAGUAUGUUGUAUUUUCUUUCCCCAGCAAUCACGUUGACAUGAAAUGAUUCUUUUUGUGCUAUUAACAUGAAAUGAAUUCGUCUGAUGAAAAUUGGCGUGAUACACUCAUUAAGAUUUUAGAAGAGCUAACUAAUGAAGAAUAUAAAAAGAUGGUUUCUCUUUUACCGGGGAUUCCAGGCGGGAAAAAACAAACUGCAAAACUAAAAAUGGUUGACACCAUUAUAAAACACUUCGGAUCGGAUGGGUCUAUCGCUGAGAUUAUUACGGUUAUGAAAAAAAUACCAAGGAAUGACCCUACGAUUCGUGGAUUUUUGAUUCCCUUUGUUCAGAAACUUGAAAGGAAUAAACAGAAUCCCAGAAAUAAAUCUUUUGAAGAUGAGUCGCCUGCAGCAAAUCGACGGAAGAGAAAAAAUGAGGGAAAAUUAGAGACGGAGGUGUCAGGACCAGCAACAAAAAAGCUAGACACGAUUAUCCCCAUUGCGAGUCUGAAAAGCUGUGAGAAAUUUGUCAAUAAAGGAAUACAAGUGAAGGUUAUAAGAAUAUCACAAAUGAUAUCUUAUAACACAAAGGAAGGGGAGAAAAAAAUUAUGUUCUACAUGGGUGUAGCUGAUGACACAGGCUCUGUCAAAAUCACAGUUUAUGGAAAAGAGAAGUAUAAGAAUUUCAAAGAGGGUAGUUGUUACAUGUUACACAGAGUCAUCAAUGAAGAGAACACAGUGAAAGUGACCAGCAAAACCCAAAUUUCUGAUCCGAAACCAUUUGACGUUCCUCUGAAAUUUGAAGCUGAGGCUGCGAUUCUCAUUGAAAGUCCGGUAUACUCCAUCGCUGAAGCCGUGGGUUCUAAACAACAAACUCUCAUGAGCAUUGAGGGGUUUGUGAAUGAAAUUGAAAGUAAAAAGGUGACGGUGGAUAAUAAGCAGGUCGUUCAGCGCAUCCUGACCGUGCAGGACGAAACCGCUUUAGUUAAUGUCGUUCUCUGGAGGGAACUGGCACAGCUCCGCAAAGCAUUGGUUGGGGACAAGGUGAGAGUGACCAAUCUACGUAUCAACGAGUACUACGAGAGCAUUUCUUUAAACUCAACUGGAACGACCAACGUAAUAAAGAUUCAGGAUGCUCCUAUGAAAACAUUAAAUAUGAAAAUAAUAUCAGUCAAAGGAUGCACUAAGGCUAAAGUGACCCUGGUAGCAGAGCUGGAUGGAAACGUUAAGUCAUUCAUUGUUUCAACAAAACUCCUUGCACAGACUUAUGACAUCAAACCGGGUCUUGACUUCAAGAAGGAUUUCCUUGCAAUAUUACCUAAGGUCGUAGAGGCAAGAGUAAAAGGGAAUAUAAUAAAAUCGUUUUUUACAUAAAUGAAGAUGUCAACAGAAGAACAGGUAAAGAAAAAACAACAUUGACUUACAACCAAACUAAAGACCUUCAACUCAAAUCUCAUAUCCAAUCUGUUGUACACUUUAAUGUAACCCAUUUUAGAAUAAGGCUGUAACAUAACAAAAUGUUGAAAAAGUGAAGUUGAUCUGAAUAAUUUCAACAAGCACUAUACAAUGGUUGGUGAACAUAUUAUUGUCAGCUUUGUGUCAAUUUACAUAUACUGUCUCUAUGCUGUAUCUUGUUCAACUAUCAGCAGCAUUACAAUAAGGUACAUUCUGAGUAUGUUUACAUGUACUUACAGAUUUAAUGUGAUUCUGACAUGGAAUGUGGGAAUGGGCUACUAAAUAUGUAUAAUAUAACAUAGACCCUUUCACACUACUAGAUAGUGAUUAAAAUGUAUUUGUGAUUGUUCUUUUGACGUUUUCCACCAAAUAUUCUUUUAAUAUCCAAGUAGAAUAUCCACUCAAAAUGUUUCUAUUUCUUUAUAUGUUUAUCAACUUUUAACCUGUACAAAACAUUUUUGUAUUGUGCUUAUACUGUAAGUUAAGCAAUCAUCACUGUGUAUAGAAAUGGAACAUGCAUUACCCAUAUUAGGUGGAAAAUCACUCAUUCUGAUGUUCUGUAUGUUCUGAUUUACAUUCUGUAAAUCACUCUCGAUGAGCUCCUGCUUAAUGGCUAAAAUAAUAUACACUUUGUAGUUGUUUUUGAAUAACUGAGGAUUUUUACCUAAUUAUGUAAUGUACAUAUAAUGCAUACAUUCUUUCUCCAUGUUAAUUUUUGCUUUCAGGCUUGGCCUUCUGAAAAACAGUGGCCGCAAACAAUUGAAGAUGUGUAAGAUGUACAGUAUUCAGACGAAGCACUCCCUUUGUAAUACAAACAACAAUACAGUAUUUUAUUCUUGUUCUUUUAUACAAACAUUAUGCUGCAAUGUCAUUCACUUCUAUAGUUCAAAAAUAGAUUUCGCAAAGGAGUUCUAUUCCAUAGAAUUCUAAUAGUUGUCUUGGAUAUUGACAGUAUACUUAUGCACUUACAAAACCUUACUUUCAAAAAUAGGAUUUUAGAAUUGUUGAGCUCCUUAAACAUAGUCAAUGACACUCAUGAUCAAUGAAGAAAUAUUAAAAUGUGUUUCAUAGAGUUGUUUGUCAUUUCGUACCUAUAUCUUUAUUCCAACUAUCUACAGAAAUGGAGUUCUUUACAUUUUCUGUUAAAACACAUGGGAUGACCUAUCCACUAUGAAGAUUGACUUAGAUGUCAAGUUGCCUACUGAAAAUGAUGGAUAUCAUGUUUUCAAACCCCAU